AUGGCAGAGUAUUACUUGAAGCCGCCGACAACACAGAUGUUCUACAAAGUACUCUCGCUGGCGAUGAGCAUUGUGAGUCUCGGUAACAAAUCUUGGUGGGGCUACGAGGAACCACACAAGCUAAUAAAACUCAACUCCUUAGUGAUAGUGAUCUUCGCUCCAGCAUGUCUCGCAACACAAUUAAUGUAUCUCUAUGUUAAUCGAUCCGUCAUUACUUUUGACACCCUUGGCGUUAUUUUUUCCAUAGUUCCUGUUUCAGCACUGGCUAAUGUAAACGUAUACUCCGCUCGAUUGGGAUCGUAUAAAACAAUAAUGAAUGAUUUCAUGUCGAAAAUACACAUUUUCAAUAAAUUUUCGCAAAACGACGAAUUCAUGAAAAAGAAAAUCUUAACGAUAGAACGUGUCACUCGCUGGACAGCAUACUAUUUAAUAUUUUUCUUCGCCAUAAACUGGGUGGCUUGGAUCUGGAUACCGGUGUACAACAAUAUAAGAUACAAAGAACAUAUACAGAACCGUACUAUGAAAUUACAAACAUGCAUUUACAUGUGGUUUCCUUUCGAUUACAACUAUAAUUAUACAAACUGGCUUCUUAUUCACAUCUUGAAUAUUUAUAUCGUCGGCUGCGGAGUUAUAGUUAUGAUGAUAUUUCAUACUUUGAACUAUAUUUUUAUAUUUCAUUUAAUUGGCCAUAUUCAGAUUUUGAAGCACAAAUUACGAACAGAGCUUACCAAUGAUAUGAGGGACGAUGUGUUAAAGGCUAAAUUGGUUGAAGUUGUUAAUUAUCAUGCGUUUAUAAUAAGAGUAUUCAAGAAUGUUGAGGCGGCUUUCGGAAUAAAUGUUGCAGCAAAUUACUUACAUAACUUACUUGGUGACAGCCUUAUUAUGUACCAGAUUAUGUAUGGGAACCGAGAGAAUGUAAUAUUGUACGUAGUUAUGGUAUUUGUGUAUAUGGGCGAAUUGAUACUAAUGUCUUUUGUUCUUGAAGAAAUUAAGAGACAGACGGACGAUUUCGAUGCUGUAGUUUAUGGUGUUCCAUGGGAAAAUAUGUCUACAAGUAACCAAAAGAUAAUAAUGUUGAUACUUCAGCGGGUACAAGGAACAUUAGAGUUUAAAGCACUGGGUGGUCUCAAGGCUGGAGUUUCGCCGAUGAUUGCUAUUUUAAAAACAACUUUCUCUUACUACGUUAUGUUAGAAGCUACUAUGGCUGACAAAGCUGCUUAA